AUGAAGAGCACCCAGAGCGUCGUAGACGGGGCGCGCGCUGUGACCGAGCUGCACAUCGCGAGCCUGAGCUGGUGGCCAGCUGAGCGCGUGGCCAACGCGCACUCGCGCAGAGCUCCUCCACUGGUCGGGGCGGCGGCCUUGACCGCCCUCGUCUUCUUGAGCGUGCGCUCGGACUGGAUGUCGAGCUCAGACUUCCUCUCCCUCGCGUCCGUCUUCUCGCGGGUCCUGGAGUACGAGACGUCCUCAUACAUCACCCUGUUGGUAAUGCUGCAGGUGAACGAGUCGCUCUUGUCGAUGAUGGCCUUGGCCACGUCGGUCUCCGACUCGCGCUGUGACCUCACCUCCGACGACCUCGUCUGCAAGAUCGCCUGCAACUGCGUGGGAUCAUCGCGGUGCGUCGUAACGAACUGCUUCUUCUCCUCGUCCGUGUACGAGUUCCAGGCCAGCUUGAGAGUCGGCUCCUCCGAAAACCAGCGGUCCCUCUUGCCGCGGAAGCUGUUGCAGUCGGUGCAGCGCCUCAUCUUCUCGCCGCUCUUCUUCGUGUACGCGCCCGCACUCGGUGGCCCCCCUGUCGGCCUCGGCGGGCCGGGCAGCGUCGCGAAGCUGAACAGGAAUCAGGGCGGACGCCAGCCAGCCAAGGCCCUCGACCCCAAGAAGCGCAGCGCGCGGCGCGCCAAGGGCGCCCCGCCGGCGCCCCUGGACUACCACCCUCCCGCGGCGGCUUACCCGGCGGAGAAGCGCCCCCCCGGCGUCGCGGAGCUGCGGUCGGCGCUUCCGGCGCACGCGGACACGAGGAUCCCGACGGCGCACCUGCGGCCCGGCACCGGCUCCGGCAUGCGGAGCGGGUCGCAGAGGGAGCUGCGGGACGUUUUCCGGGGCCUCGGUCAGGGUUACCAGGAAAUCUCGGACCCGACUGAGUGUUUCAGCGAAGCAUCUGUCAGCAUCGCCGAGAUCUCGGGUCUGCCUGCCGAGGAGGACAGCGUCAACGCAAACGGAGACAUCCAGCACGACUGCAACUACGGCAUCAAGAACGUAUACCACGACAUUGUCAACGAUUACACGUACAUCCUCGACGACUCCGACGACGCCGUCUACGUCUGCCAGACAUGGUAUUUUCAUGUGGUAAAUGAGAGCACGCGUGCGAAGCGACAAGAUGCGUGCUGGAACUCGGCCAAGGCUAUGACUAGCGUCGCAGCCUGGCCACAGAGCACCAUCAGUCUCAUUUCUGGCACAACUCUUGGAGUCUGCAUCUUCAGCCUUGGCGGUGACACGAUCAAUUUUUACGACCAGGAUUUAGAAGAUGCCUACGAGAUCUGGCUCGACCGGUGCGAUGGCCUUACAACAUCCACAGAGUACGGCAUCUCAUACCUCCACUACAACUGCGAGUGCGACAUCGGAGACUUCGAGCAGAACAGUGUCAACACAAACUGGAACCUCAAGCACAACUGCGACUACGACAUCUUGGACCUCUACCACGACAUGGUCAACGAUAACAACGACCUCCACUACGACUGCGAGUGCAACAUCCGAGACUUCUAG